CAGAACCUAUCAUUGACAAUCACAUGACAAAAUGGUGGCUCAGCUGAGAUGAAGUACUAGAUUAUUGUGAAAUUACAGCAGUUGUACCAGCUUAAUAUGGAAUCUUCGGGAGAGAAGAAGGAGUAUCUAUUCAAAGUGCUUGUCAUUGGGGAUCUUGGUGUUGGAAAAACCAGCAUUAUCAAGAGAUAUGUACAUCAAUUUUUCUCUGUACACUACAGAGCUACAAUUGGUGUUGAUUUUGCUCUCAAGGUCAUAAAUUGGGACUCAGAUACACUAAUACGCUUACAGCUAUGGGAUAUUGCAGGACAAGAGAGAUUUGGUAACAUGACAAGGGUUUAUUACAAAGAAGCAGUUGGAGCUUUCCUCGUAUUUGAUGUCACAAGAGCAUCUACAUUUGAAGCAGUACAAAAGUGGAAGAACGAUUUGGACAACAAAGUUCUACUUCCUAAUGGAUCUCCAAUUCCUGUUGUACUUUUGGCAAACAAGUGUGAUCAAGCAAGGGAAGGACUUGUCAAUAAUGCAAGUCAAAUGGAUGAGUAUUGUUCUGACAAAGGUUUUAUCAACUGGUUUGAAACAUCAGCUAAAGAGGACAUCAACAUUUCUGAGGCUGCAAAAUACCUUGUCCAAAAGAUUCUUGAGAAUGAAAAAGCUCAUAACUUUGAAAGCAUUCCAAAGGACCCAGAAACAAUGACUUUAACAAACAGUACAACAGUAACUAGUUCUCAAGAAUUCAAGAGUAUUCCAGCAGCUGAACCACACAAGACUGGCUGCUGUUAGCAGUUGCUGGAAUGAAAAUUAUCUGUAAUUAAAGGAGCUGUUUUGUGGUGU